AUGUUACGCUGGUUUACAGAUCCGCAUUUGACCAACCAGCAGUAUUGCUUACAGUGCUGUACGAACCCGGUGCCGCUUACCGGAGCUGACGAAACGUGGAAUUUGUCGUGUCCGCUUAAUGACGUCCAACGACUUAGCGUGAGUAAAGGUCGACGAACGUAUCGCUUCGCACGACGCAACACGCUUGAUGACGAUGCGACCAUUGAGUGUAUUAUGCCUUCGCGUAACGUGUCGACAUAUCUGAGUGGCUACAAACUGGAAUUGGUCGUUAUUGAACGUUCCUUGAAUUUCGGCGCGGAGUUUUGGCGUAGCGUAGUACAGUGUUCGGUCAGUAUUACGGAGAGCGAGGACCCCCCUGUAAUUUUCAGUGAGGUGCUUCACCUCCGAUCGAUCCCUAUCGCUCAGGAACGUGCCACCGCUUGGGUAGUCCCGACUGUGCUCGCUGUCCUUGGAGUAGCCAGUAUCAUGGCGAUUCCAGUCUACAAGGGCAAGUUCAGAGGCCAGAGAUCUGUAGUAUCUACCCACCACCAGCAAAGAUUUAUGUCACCAACGGUAAGCCAUUCACACUCAGUAUACAACAGGACAAACAAGAAACUACCGGUACCGAAGAAGUACUAA